UACAGCAUAAACAUUUUAAAUAAAACGUGUUAAGUUCUUUUGGUACACGAAACAACAAUCUAAACAAAAACUAAGAAAUUUAGUUUUACACAACACAGCAAAUAAUAUCAAAUAGAAAUCAGUGGUCCAAACAGCCAAUUCACAUAUCGAUAUGAAAGCCUUCAUUGAACGCAAAGAAAGUUCUUCGGAUUUGCUGAGCAGAUACAAAGCAAGAAAAAUGUUAGGAGUUGGUGAAUCGUCUGGUAAUGUCGUUUCUUCAAAGGUGACACAACUACUUGGUGAUUCCAAUGAAGCAAAACUAGAUAUUCAAGAUAUUCCAUGCAUACACUGUUGGAAUUAUCUAAUGGCUUUGUUGAUAUUAUUCUUUGGAUUACUGCUAAUAGGAUUUCCGACACCACAUAGUAACUGGUUUCUUCAAAGAUUAUUUCCAAUCUCAGAUAACUAUGAUAAUACAAUAUUAACUGAAUCUUGCAGUAUUCCAAGAGAGUUUAAUAUUCAAUUCAUUUACAAGCAUCUCGGAUGUUUACAUUUAGUUAUCGCUUCAGGUAUGCUUUAUUCUCUUUUGAUGAUAAAAAUGAAUGGAAUCCAUGUAUCACAAUUAUUAUCGUCUGCUUAUUCAGUGACUUUUGUGACAGUUCAUCUUUUAACAAAACAAUUGAAUUGGAUAGUGUACAUAUACACUAUUCUAACAAUGAUUACUAUUAUAUUCCAUGUAAAACUUUCAAAGACACAAAUCAAAGGAUGGAUGUUAACAGUGAAACAAUAUUUUCUUACUAAACUAUCAAUUCCAAAUACAUAUUAUUCAUCAAAUGAAGCAACUAAAAUAAAUUGAACAUUGAACAAUUAUGAUAUUUGUUUAAAUGAAUUUUCUAAUCAAUAAAAAAAACAAGCAACAAAAUAAACAAUAGUCAAUGAAAUAAUGACAAUUUCUAUUUACAUAAAUGGGUUAUUUAUUAUAAUUAAUAUGAUUGUAUUGAUGAAAAGGUAAAUUAUAUACUUUACUUCAACCAUUUGAUCACAGAGAGAUAGAGAGAGAGGAGAAAAAUGAAGUGGAAAAAACAUCAAUAUCUAAUAAACAUUUCAUUUUUCAUUCAUAUUGAAAACUAUUGAUCUUUCAUUAAUCAUGAACUUAUUCCUAAAGCUUUUAUUAAUUAAAGCGAUCAUUUAAAGAACUGUACCAUAGUAUACCAUUUUCUUUCACUUUUUUUUCUCAUGAAUGAACAAAAGAAUUUUGCCUUAUCACUUUAAGCUUGAAUGGAAUCGAUUGAAAUGAAAUUAGAAUAAAUAAAUAAAUUGAGCACUUGUAUCGAUAAAUAUUUCAAUUUAAAUGUUAUUAGAAAACAUCUAAUGUGUUGUUGUUUGUUAUUUUGGUUUGUUUCACUUUCAACAUUCAUCUAAUUUGUACGUAAUUAACAAAUAUUUUCCAUACCACAGUGAUUAACAGCUUGUUUAUUUGAACGACAGAUUUGUAACUAAAGUGAUAUUGUCUUUUAUAAUUAUGUCAUGAAGUGGUUGAAAAUUAUCUUGCAUUUACUUACAUAUACCUUUAAUUUUUUUCAACCUUCAAAAAUUACAGGUAGAAAGAUAUCAU